CGCAGAUUAAUCUACUUGUAGUAAAACCACGUACCAAAUUUCAAAAUAAAAAAUUAUACGACUGGUAUAUAUAACCUCUUAUUAUCUGGUGUUGAAAGAGAAGAUAAUUCGGAAGAGAAUGAAGCCCGUCGUUCACAAGGACAAGGAGAAGAAGGAGAAAGUGGAAAUCAGAGCGGAUUGCAGAGCUGAAGAAGGGAGAAAGCACGUGGAAAGGGUCCAGGUGAAGACCCGUGAUGUCGAUACCCUCAAGUAUAUCGAAAGGAAGCUGAUUGACAAAGGGGUGCAGAGAAUGGAGCGCCACCCUGCAGAUGGGCUGCCGCUGAAGCAUGAUCCCAAGAAGGGACAUGGAGGGAAAUACUCGUGGGAAGGCCCUGACGAAGAGUUCAUGAAUGAGCUGCAGGCCGCCCCAGCCAUUGAUGAGAAGGAUCCUAAUUAUGUGGAUGAAGAGGCAGAGGCGAGGUUGGUGAAGCCGGGAGAAAGCGCUGCUGGUGAUGACGAUGAUGAGGGAGGAGUGGUGGUGGGUGAAGUCGAGGCUCCCAAGCUUGCUGAGGAAGGGGUGGCAAGGAUCGAAGUUCAUCCUCAUUCGACGGGUUGACCAUUGGAUGAUUUUAAAGGAUUUCCGACGGCUUCCGUUGGUUCUGGGGUCUCAUGAUGAUCUCUUAUAUUCCAUCGUUGGUCUGUCUUAACUAUUGUGUGUUGGUUUAUGCCGUGCGUCUUCGUCUAACACUACUAAGCGUGUGUGUAGAAAAAUGUUGGGAGAGAUUCUGCAUAAAACAAGAGACACUCCUGUGGCUUGUAAUGACAUAGGCUAAUAAAGAUUUGCAGACGCUGCAAGCUUCUUUCUAUUCC